AUGGAGUGUCAGUGUUAUACAAAUUUAUCAGUUGCUCAAUUAAAUAAUAUAACAAAACAAAGAGUAGAAGAAAACAAAUAUGAACUCGAGAAAUUGAAACGUCAACGUUUAGAACGUGAACGUCAGAAAGAAGAAAUGGACCAAGAAAAAGAUCUUUUACAACGUUUGAAAGAAGCCGACUAUUAUCGUGAAUGGGAAAAAGAAGAAGAUUCGUUUCAUUUCAAUCAACUUAAAUUACGAUCAAAUAUUUGUAUUUUCGAUGGUUGUGCAACACCCACUGAUCUAUUAGCACGUUACAUAUCCGAAGAACAUGACAAAGAUUUAUCAGUACGUCAUUUAAAAUACAUGAACCAGCGACCUAUCUUUAUGGUUUAA